GCAUCACUGAGACGACCACAGCAGCAUCAACAACAAAUACAAUGAGCCCAAGAAGUGAAGCAACAUCAACAAGCGCACCUCCAACCACUUCAUCAACAACCCUUGCAACAACAAAGAAUCCUCCUCGUAAUGCAGAAGGUUUCCAAAGAGUUACACAAACGGAGACCAGUAUAACUCUGCGGUGGGACAAAGUUGACAAUAUCCUCAACUAUAUACUCAAUGGAAAGGAGAUUAAUGUCCCUGCAUCAGAUAAAACUGAAGUGGAAUACACAAUCUCAAAUCUCACAAAUGGAACUAAAUACAACUUCCAGCUCUUCACUGUGUUUGAAGAUGUCAGAAGCUCUGGAGUAAACCUCACUGCAGUCACAGCUCCCCUUAAUGCAGAAGAUUUCAGAUCAGUUGAACAAACAGAGACCAGUAUAACUCUGGGGUGGAAAAAUGUGGAUGUAACCUUCAACUACACACUUGUGUUCAAUGGAAAGGAUAUUAAUUUCACAGCAUCAGAUGAGACUGAAGUGAAACACACAAUCUCAAAACUCACAAAUGGAACUAAAUACAACUUCCAGCUCUUCACUGUGUUUGAAUAUGCCAAAAGCCCUGGAGUAAACCUCACUGCAGUCACAGGUAAAAUGCUUUCCCUCUGA